CUUGACCGUGCGCUUAUCAUUUUCCUCCCUGGAACUUUCCUACUUCCAAAACUUCCAACUAACAAACAUAACGUAGAGGAAUGGACGUGGCUCAUUGCUAUUUAGAAGGCAAUGCCGAUGCCGUGGAGUUCUGCCCGCACGAAGGUUACCAACACGUGCUAGCGGCUUCGACUUACACGCUGCAAGAAGGCGACCAACCGAGCCGAGCCGGUAGUAUUUCAUUGUUUGAUGUGAAUGCUGAAAAGGGUAAUCUCGAAUUGUUUCAUCGGGUGGAUACCGCUGGGAUUUUUGAUAUUAAGUGGAGCCCUGUCGGAGGCAAUGUGGGUCCUCUCCUUGCUCAAGCUGAUGCUGAUGGGUACUUGAAAAUUUACAGUUUAGAGGGUCGCUCUGAUGGAGAGGAAGGUAGUAGAGGAGGCCUUCUUAAUGCAGUCAGUGGUGAAAAAAUCAGCUCCUCCAUGUGCCUUUUCCUGGAUUGGAACCCAUCGGCCACAUCCAUCUCCGUUGGUCUAUCAGAUGGUUCUGUCUCAAUAAUUUCCCUUGUAGAGUCUGGAAUAGAAACAUUACAAGAGUGGAAGGCACAUGAUUUUGAACUAUGGACAACUUGCUUCGACUUUCAACAACCACAGUUAGUAUAUACAGGAUCUGAUGACUGCAAAUUUAGUUGUUGGGAUAUGCGGGAUAGUCCAGCCCAGAUGGUAUUCCAGAAUUCCAAGGUCCAUAAAAUGGGAGUUUGUUGCAUUGCCAAGAGCCGCUGUGAUCCAAAUAUCAUACUUACAGGUAGCUAUGACGAGUACUUGAGGGUAUGGGAUCUAAGGUCGAUCUCAAGGCCAGUAAAUGAAACUUCAGUUUGUCUUGGGGGAGGAGUUUGGAGAAUCAAGCACCAUCCUUUUGUGUCAGGCUUGGUCUUGGCAGCUUGUAUGCAUAACGGAUUUGCAAUUGUCAAGAUUGGAGGGGAGAAACCUGAAGUUGUUGAAACUUACAAUCAGCAUGGCUCGCUUGCAUAUGGGGCAGAUUGGCAAAAAGAUAAAUUAUUACCAGUAGGCAAGACCAAGAGUACUAUUGUAGCCACUUGCUCAUUUUAUGACCGUCUUCUUCGCAUAUGGAUGCCAAAAAGUGAUAUUUGCUGCAUUUAAGGACAUCUCAUUCGUUGAGUUCACAUCGAACCAAAGAUGCUGGUUUACAAAAUCUUUUUUCAAACUUAGUUAGAUAUGUAUUGCCUACAUAUCAAAUCUUUGUUGUUUCCAAUUAUUCAUGACAGGUUGUUUUGCCCAAGAUAUGCAAUUAUGCAUGAAAAUUCUGUGUCAA